GGGCUUGUCACGCUGAAAGGCGCAGUACAAAUCCUGAACCCCUGUCAUCCAAUCAGCGUUUAUUUUCUGGCCACAGAGGCUAGUAGGAGAUAUUUGGAAGAUGGCGACUGCGGAACCGGAAACCAUUUCAGAUCCUUCAAAGUCUGAGGAAGACAAGACUGAAGUUACUGGUCAAGAAGUUGUAAAUCCUGAAGAUUACAUCAAGCAUCCUCUGCAGAACAGAUGGUCCCUGUGGUUCUUCAAAAAUGACAAGAGCAAAACAUGGCAAGCCAACCUGCGUCUCAUCUCAAAGUUUGACACAGUGGAAGAUUUCUGGGCGCUUUAUAAUCACAUUCAGCUGUCAAGUAACCUGAUGUCUGGCUGUGACUACUCCCUCUUCAAGGACGGGAUUGAGCCCAUGUGGGAGGACGAGAGGAACAAGCGUGGCGGCCGCUGGCUCAUCACCCUCUCCAAGCAGCAGCGACGCCAAGACCUGGACCGCUUCUGGCUUGAGACGCUUCUGUGCCUGGUGGGCGAGGCCUUUGAUGACCACAGCGAUGAGGUGUGUGGAGCCGUGGUCAACAUCAGGACAAAAGGCGACAAGAUCGCUAUCUGGACAUCGGACUACGAGAACAAGGACGCGAUCACACACAUAGGGAGGGUAUAUAAGGAGCGUCUGGGGGUGCCUCCCAAGGUCAUCAUUGGCUACCAGUCCCACGCAGACACGGCCACUAAGAGCGGCUCCACCACCAAGAACAAGUUUGUGGUCUGAUGUCUGAUGGUGAGGUGGCUAAAGCUGCCGUGUCUUUGGGGCUUUUGGAUCUUUUUUCACCUUCAGUCAAAUGGAGUGGAUAUAGUGCCUGAGAAAGUAUGCGUGUGUAUGUGUGGCUGAAUAUGGGUCCGCAUUAGUGUGACUGUGUGUUUGGAUGAGUGUGUACACACAGGUGCAGUGUCUGUGUGUCACAGUUACAUUGCCAUAGUGUUCAAACACAAACUGAAAUGUUGAUUAUUUUUUUACACAGCCCAGAAGUUUAAACCAAAGGCAAACAAUGGCAAAAACUGGUAAAAAAAUAAAUAAUCAUAAAGAUAAUGUUAAUAAAUAAGAAAUAAUAAUAGUAAUGUUGAGUCCCACAAACCAGCAUUUCACUUGAAGUGGAUUAAUAGAGUAAUUGAAGAGACAAAUUAGUUGUGUGUCAGUAAGGAAAGGAGGAAAAGUGUUACAUCAGCAUUAGUCUCCGUAUGAAUCGCUUUAUAAAGAGUCUUAAAAACAUGGAUAAAAGUCCUUAAUGCUCAGUAAAGGAUCAUUUACAUCUGUUUUUAUUUUUUAAGGUUCUCUUUUUUUUUCUUAAGAAAAUAAUGUGUGCAUAUGAUGUAAACUGUGUAGGCUAUCUUUACACUUCCCUAACAUCAGCAUUGCUCAGCAUUGAUGAGUUACCUGGAUUCAUCAGUUACAAAUAACAAUCCAAUGCCACAUCUUCCAAAUGACCUGGGUUUUUUUUUCUUCAAUUUAACCAGGUGAUUGCCUUGUUUAAUGUUCACCUGGUUGAAUUGGAACGAUCAAAAUCAAUCAUUUGGUUGCCCAUUAACAUUGCUCUAUUUGUUUGGGAGACUGAAGUGUGUUUCUGCUGACUCAACGUCAGUAUCAUCAUGCUUCAGUAUUGACUUUAGCUGGGAGGAUUCACUAUCUGAGCGCCAUCUUUAUUUCAAUGCCUUUUUAUUUGGAAUCCUGAUCUUUUUGAUCGCAACUCCUUGUUUUCUUUUUAUUUAGCUGGUCAGCCUAUGACUGGCUUUCCCCUUGGUUUUACUUUUUUUAGGGAAGAUAUCUUUCCUUCCCAACUCUCUUAAGUUUUAAGACUUUUCUUUGUCUGCAGUAGCACAGUAACACACUAUCAGCAUUUCAUGUCUGGAUGGUCUUUUUGGCUGCCUUAAACCUGUAUAUUUUAUAUAAUUGUGUGUGUAUAUAUAUUUUUUUCUUUUUGAUGCAUUUGUUGGGUUUAGUUUAGUGUUUACAUUCCCAGCUAAAGAUGCUGAGUUAUGUUACAGCAUUGUGUGUGUAUGUGUGUACGUGUGUGUACAUAUGUACGUGCGCGUGAGGCCGUGCGUGCGUGUGUUCGUGUGAGUGUUUGGAGAAACCUAUUGAGUUGGGCAUGGAAAUGUUCUGAUAAAACACUCCUUUGCCCAGCUCCUGCUGACAUGUACAGAACAGUGAAUGUAAAUAAACCUGUACAGAGCUA